AUGGGUCAACAGGUUAAAUUGCCCUCGAAGAUAAGGGUACCCGAUUCCUUCCGGAACCCCGACCUCUGGUGUGAGUUCCAUCGUGACCAUGGUUACAAGACGGAAGAUUGCAUCGCAUUGAAGAUCGAAGUCAACGACCUACUCCAUAAGGGAUACCUUCGGGAGUUCCUCUCAGAAAAGGCGAAGAACCUCCUAAGCAAGGAGACAGCCAGGAAAUCUGCUGAAACCAAACCCGCGUCACCACCUCGACAGGACCGAGUGAUCCAUGUCAUAUCGGGAGGUUCGGAGAUAAGCGGCAUAUGCCAUGCAGCUGCAAAGAAGAGCACUCGAAACGCCAAACUUGACGAGAUAAGCUUCACGGAGAAGGAGCAAGAGAAGGUCCUGGCUCCCCAUCAUGACGCUCUAGUAAUAUCGUUUACCGUAGCAAACUGCUUGGUAAGGAGGAUCCUAGUAGAUAACGGAAGCUCCAACAACAUCAUCUUCCAGACCGCCUAUCAGGACCUGGGGUUGGAUGAAAGUGCCUUAACUAGAAAGACAACCCCACUCGUGGGAUUCAGCGGAGAGGUGAAGCAAACCGCCGGUGAAGUGGUCCUUCCAGUCUAUGCUGAAGGAAUCAACAUGUCAACUAAGUUCCUCCUCGUCGACUGCCAAUUAUCCUACAACAUGAUCUUGGGAAGACCAUGGAUCCAUGAUAUGAGAGCUUUCCCCUCAACACUCUAUCAAAUGGUGAAGUUCCCUACUCCCUGGGGCAUCAAGGCCGCCAGGGGUGAUCAAGAAAAUUCACGAUCCUGCUACCAGACCACCUUAAAGGGGAAGACAAAGAUACCUCGGCACCCUGAAAACUCCGGCCAGAUAAGGAGUACCAAGAAGCAGGAUGAGAUACCUCAUUUUCCCCGUAAAGGACCACUCGGGAGACCAAUCUUCUGCGUACACUCGGAAGGGAUCAGACCUCAGAAAGCUUUCGAAGUCCUCAAUCAACCAGGUGGAGACGAUCGCAGACCCAGUCCAAGGAAUCCUAAAUCCCCGACGACACCUUGGCCUUUCCAAAAGAGGGGCACGCGCCUCGAAGUAGGAUCAUCCAUGACGCCGGGGCAAGAUCUCUAA